AUGGAUCAUUUGCGUGAAGCUUGCUCCUCUAAAGGAGAGAAAGUCACAGAGUUGGCAGCCCUUCUUUGUUCUCCGUGGACAACGGAAGAAAGCUCUUCACCUUUGAUCGUCGCAUCUUACCUCGGACUCGGAGGAGUCGUUGACUUGUUUCUUGACUAUGAGGAAACUGAUGUGAAUUCAAGGGACGCGCAACAGCAAACCGCACUCUCCAGGGCAGCGGAAAAUGGUCAUGAGGCUGUGGUCAAGCUACUUCUUGAGACUGAGCAGGUGGAUAUUAAUUCAAAGGACUCUUUACAUCAACGAACUCCACUCUCCAGGGCAGCAGACAAUGGUCAUGAGGCUGUGGCCAAGUUGCUAUCUGAAGCUAGCACCGUGUACCAAGGCGAGGAUGGGUGA